GCCUCUGUUGGGUCCUUUUGUUUUCCUGUUUUUUUUUCUUUUUCUGUUGACUUUGUUGGUACAUGCGCAGUUCUUUGGAAGCGUAAAAGUCUCUAGUCCGUCCAGCAGCGUUAACUAUAUAACCAGCUAACGGCAGCCUUCAAUAAACGCUAAGCUAUAGGUGAGCAAAGUGUUCCUUUAUACAAUGUUUUACUUUUCGACCGCGGGCGAGUUUAAAAGAAAUUUAGAAAAAUCCCCCGCUCCAUUUCGGGGACCCGGAAGAAGAACACUGUGAAACGAGCACUUCCUGUUUCUUCUCGUCAACGCGCAGUCGGAGGAGCUAGCCAGGCUAACGGCUAAUUAAAGAGCACUGCCUGCGACCAGGUCUUUGUCUGUGGUCCACUCGGCAUGUCGGUGUUUCUUCCACUGUCUAGACUUUGUGUCGUUUGAAACAGAGACACGUGGUUUUCAUCCAUUUCCCCGCGCUGCGUGUGUGUGCUUUUUGUUUAUUUUUUGGCCAACAAUAUUCGAGAAAUAUGGCGGAUGGCGGGCAUUACUACAACGAGCAUGAUGACAGGACCGCGCCACAACAGUUUCGUAGCCGCAAAGGCAGAGGCGCCCACAAGGGUCGGUCAUAUGACAGGUCUCGCAGAGACCGCCAGCGGGGGAACCACCAAGGUGGCUUUGGAGGUCCUGGGCCACGGGGCAGGCUUGAUGAUAUUGAUGGAGAUGUAACAAUGAGUGAUAACCCUCAGGACAACAGCUCCCAGCACAGAUUCAACCCAUAUGGAAGAAAAGGAGAUGGGAGGUUUGACCGAGACAGGCGACAUGGAAAAGGGGGAGGCGGUGGUAGAGGUGGAGGUGGUGGCUUCAGAGGAGGCAACAGAGGUGGAGGGAGCGGUGGAGGAGGAGGAGGCGGGAAAAACCAGUCAGGCUGGUCCAAAGUAACAAUACCACAUGGAAGAAAAUAUGACAAGAAAUGGUUAAUGACAGCUCUUGAGAAAAUCUGUUCAGUGCCCUUCACCCCUGUACAGUUCCAUGUUGAUCACGACAGGGCUCAUUUCUACGUGUAUGAUACCUCUGCUGCCAUUGCUUUACGCAAAUGUUCUCACAAGAUCACAGACACAGAUGGUUAUAAGGUGGAGGUGCAUGUCAACCCCCACGCUCCACCCUCCUUCCUCCUCGCUGAUCUAAAGCCGGAACACUUGGAGCACCUGAAGCAAUGCAUGGCAAAACGUUUUGAUGGCUCCCAGCAAGCACUUGACCUAAACAACAUCCGGACAGACCCAGACUUGGUGUCCCACAAAAUUGAAGUCACUUUGAAUCGGAAGACACACAUGGAAGCUGUCAUUACGAUUAUUGAAGAAAACAUUCCAGAGCUGACUUGCUUGAACCUGAGCAACAACCGUAUUCACAAACUGGAUGAACUCUCUGAACUGGUUGCCAAGGUGCCUAAUCUGAAGACUCUCAACCUUUCCCACAACGAGCUGAAGUCAGACCGGGAACUGGACAAGGUGAAAGGCCUGAAGCUGGUGGAGCUGUGGCUGAACAGGAACCCUCUGUGUCUUUACUUCAAGGACCAGGCCUCCUACAUCAGUGCUGUGCGGCAAAGGUUUCCCCGGCUUCUCAAACUGGACGGUAAUGAUCUCCCCCCACCCAUUGGAUUUGAUGUGGAAACACCCACCACUAUCCCUCCGUGCAAGGGCAGCUGUUUUGGCUCAGAUGAAAUCAAGGCUGUCAUCCUUCGCUUCUUGCAACAGUACUACAGCAUAUAUGACUCUGGGGACAGACAGCCACUUCUGGAUGCUUACCAUGAUGGAGCAUCAUUGUCCCUCACAACACCUUACUCCACCCAGAACCCCUCCAGGAGCAGCCUGGGAGAGUAUCACAAAGACACUCGAAACCUAAAAAGGAUCAAAGAUACAACGAUGAGAUUUCGAUUACUCAAGCACACACGACUGAACGUGGUGGCUUUCAUCAACGAGUUGCCCAAAACUCAGCACGACAUUGCCUCAUUUACUGUUGACGUAAACACCUACACAAACACACUACUGUCAUUCACCGUGAGUGGUGUCUUCAAAGAAGUUGCUGUUGAUGGUAAAUCCCGAGACUCCACAAUGGCCUUCUCUCGAGUUUUCGUCACAGUCCCAGCAGGGGGUUCUGGUUUGUGCAUCGUAAACGACCAGCUUUUCAUCCGAAUGGCCACUACAGAGGAGAUCCGCAGAGCCUUUGUGGCUCCUGCCCCUACUCCAUCUUCCAGCCCCGUCCCCACCCUCACCGCACCACAGCAGGAGAUGCUGACAGCCUUCUCACUGAAGUCUGGAAUGAACCUGGAAUGGUCCCAAAAGUGUCUUCAAGAUAAUGAAUGGGAUUUCAACAGAGCGGCUCAAAUCUUCACUCAGUUAAAGACGGAUGGCCAUAUCCCUGAUGUUGCGUUCAUAAAAUGAAGAGUCGAAUCAUGCUUCUUUGAAAUAAAAUCUGCAGUUAUUUUAUUUAUGGCUUUUGUUUUAUCUUUAACUGUUCAACUUCUGUUUUAUUAAAAAAUUAUGUAGAUCAAGUUUACUUUACUUUAUUGGUUUUCUUUUAGCAGCCAAAUAUCAACAGUUUGACCAAAUGACUGAUGUUAUGAUACAUCCUUAGCUGCUAUCACAACCUUAGUUUGGAUGGUUUGUAUAGAAAUUCACUAGAUGUUUUCAUAGGAAUGAAGAUGGAUGGCUGACUUUGUUCAUCAUAAUUUGUUGUAUUCUGUUUAACAAUAAAAAUAUUUUGCCACAACUGA